AUGAAAAGUUUCAGUUUAAUUGGAAUUUUGUGUUUUGUGAGUUUAACAACUCAACAACAUCAACCUCAAGGUCCUCCAGGAGGUGGUGGAAUUCCACAAGACAUUUUAGAAGCAGUUCAAAAGGUCGACAGUGAUAUGCAGAGUAUGAUGAGCUCGAACCAAUUCGACAAAAAUGUGAUUGUUGAAGAUCUUAAAGGAAUUGUCGAAGCAGCUAAGCAUCACAUGGAUGGCGCUCCGCAACAAGUCCAAGCAGCACUCGAAAAUAUCGAGAAUAAAAUCAAUGAAUUGUCAUCUUCAACGUCAACAGACAUGCAAUCAAAUGGUCAGAAAGUCGGGGAAAUUAUGAUGUUAUUCUCUCAAAUGGAUGAAGGUGCACAAGAUGGCCAAAGCAAUCAUGGAGAUCAUGGACAUACUGGGAAUAAUGAAGGUGCUACUGCUAAUAACAAUCGCGGUAAUAAUAAUCGUGGCAAAAACAAUCAAAUACAGAAAGGUAGAAAACAAGCUAAGAACCGUCGAAACAACAGAAACAGAAAGAACAAAGGAGGUCUCAAUAUAUAA